AUGGGACUAGUUCAGACAGAAGCGGCUCAGCAACCUCAUGACCCAAGGCCGCCGAGAAGCAGACUGUCUCUGCAGGUGCCGCAACGGAUCGGCGGCGAGGUACGACUUGCCACUCCUCCCCCCGUCGUAAUGGUGAACGGCCAGGCAACUCCAACAACUAUCAAUAUGGGCAUGGAACAGUCCUCGACAACAUAUGUAGAUUACUCUUCCAUGGACAUGUUCGGUCAACCUGCAGUCGAUGCAGCGGACCCGUUCACUGGACUCGGACCAUCCGACGAUACGAGCCAGCCCGGUCUACAUUUCCAAAAUCCCAACGACCGUACAAAUAUGGACGAGGUCGAGAGCUUAUUCAUAUAUGAGAUCGUGAGCGCGGACUGGUACGACUCGAAAAACAACCGAAUACCACCCUGCAGCGUGGAUGAAGCGGCCGCCAUCGUAGCGCAGGUCCUAGAGAACGUUAUGAGGAAGGCGUCGACACGCGAGACGUUCCUCAUCAACAUCGCAGCGCUGACCGGCGGUACCAUUAUGAAGACGACGACCAGGCUGCAGUGCUACCGCCUGCAGGAGACCGCCGAGGAGACGCACUACAUGUGCCGGUGGGAGCUGCGGCUCGGCGACAUCCGCGGCCAGUUCAGCAUGCGCGAGACGCUCCGGCACGACCGGUGGAAGAGGCCCGAUACGGAUGAGGAGUCGAUCAACCUGGGUGCCGACGACGGGACCGUGCCAAUGGACGAGUCUGCCGCGCACUGGCAGCAGAAAUUCAGGAAUGUUCUGGAUGUCCUAAAGAAGAAGGACGAGGAACUCGCCGCUAUCAGGAGAAACAUAAUGCAAAGCAUUAAUGUCAAACGACCGGAAGAUAUACGGUAG